AUAACAUACAGAAAACCUGAAAUACCCCUGGUGAUGAAGGAACUUGUGGCUUUCUGUGGGGCCUUGCUAUUGGUUCAGUGUCUUGGUCACGUGGUCGGAGAUUCACAAGAAGAAGAAUGGGAGAAGUUCAAAGCAAACUACGGAAAAGUGUACAUAGGAACCGAAGACGAUAAAAGGCACCAGAUUUGGAAGACGAAUCUGGCGUAUAUCAACCGUCACAACAAAGAGGCAGACAAGGGGCGUCACUCAUACCGCCUGGGAGUGAACACAUAUGCUGACAUGACCAGGAAAGAGCGUGACAUUCUCUUAAGAAAUGGAGAACUAUCUGAGGCUGCGGAUUACUGUAAAGGAAAACCUGAUUACCGUCAUGGUAAACUUCCGGAGAGCAUGGAUUGGAGGAGCUUCGGAUUUGUCACACCAGUAAAAAGUCAGGGUAUGUGCGGCUCCCCUUGGGCGUUUGCCGCCAUAGGAGCAAUCGAGUCCCGGAAUGCUAUAUACUGUUCUCCUCAUCAACUUGUUUCACUCUCAGAACAAAACCUGGUAGACUGUUCUGGCAAAUAUGGUAAUUACGGCUGUAAUGGCGGUCUUAUGGAUUCGUCCUAUGGUUACAUCAUGGACAACGGUGGAGUUGACACCGGGGCGUCCUAUCCAUAUGAGGGAAAGGAUGACAAAUGCCGCUUCAACCCAAACACAAUUGGAGCUGAUAUUCGGGGGUGUGUGGAUCUCCCCAAGGGUAACGAGACCGCCUUACAGAUAAUCCUCUUCACGGGCGGACCAGUGGCAGUGGGUAUUCACAGCGCUGUGCCCUCUUUCGAGUUUUACAAAUCUGGUAAGUUGUACAAAGUUAAAGGGCAAUGA